AGACAAGAUGGCCGCCGCUAUCGGGAAACGGAGGAGGUAGCUUAGAGACUGGGCGGUAGGGUAAAAGGUGGCCCAUCCGUAGGUGUGUCGCGAAGCGGAUUCUCCACCGUUGCACCGCUGACCGUCACUAAAUCUGUAAAAUCCCCGUUUUAUUCGUUUACACUGAUUAAUCAUUGGUAAUAAUACAGGAUUAUCGGAAUUGUGCCGGUUUUAUAGAGGAAAGAUUCGGCGCGCUACUGAUGUGUGGGUGGCUGAGUGUUGUGUGUGCUAAUGUGUGUGUUUUCGUGUGUAGGCUGUGUGUGACAGUUCGCGUGGUCGGAGCCUGAAGAAAGUGUCGUCCCUUGGCGUUAAAUCAACUUUUUUUCUGCCCGACUUUCUCACGUUUCUACGAAUGACUCCGAAACGCGGAGCCUCGUGAGAUCGAUUGGAAGAAAACAAAAAGUUUCAUUUCGGGAGUGACUAGAGUUUUCCUUUCAAUCUAUUUUCUCUUUUUUCCCCAUGUUCCAAUAUUUGAAUAUUCAAACAAUCGACGAAUGAAUCGAAAGCGAUACUGUGUUGCAAUGAGAACAAAAAAAAUUUUGAAAAAGCCCAUAUUUUGUUAGCACUGACAGUUUGUUCGACGAACACAAUCUCCGCGCGUAUUACCGGUGAAAUUAGAGGCGACCAUUAUUUUACAUGAUUAUUAUCAAAACGGAACUCCGAAGAAAAUUACAAAUCCUGUCCCGUUCUUCUCUCUCUCUCUCUCUCCAUAUAUAUAUCUAUACAUACAUACACACGAUUUAUCUUCCCACGGAAGUUAACCACUAUCAUUUAUCGUUGUGAAAAUCGAAGAUUCAUCUCCUCUGUCGCGCCCCGUUUUCGUCGAUCCUCAUUUUUUUCUUCUCUUCGUUCUUUUUCCACACGAAUUUUCCAAGUUUUCCAUACAUUUGAAAAAAUACUUUGUACAUUUUAUUUCCACCCUCAAAAUUCGAGUUGUCCGGGGAUCGAAAAAUUCUCUUAUUUCGAUCGUUGUUCUCGAUCAAAUCCCUCCGACUGCAACUGGCGUACCAAAAAUUCGAUAAAAAAUUGCACAACGCUCAAAAUACAGCGAAACCUCAGGACCUUCGAAUUUACAGUGUUAUUUACAAAAACUCGCCACAUUUUCUUUUCCCCUUCAAAAUUAACCUUAAAAAAAAUCGAAUUUUUCGAUUCAAGUAUCCAACUUAUUAGCCACGGAAAAGAAUGGAAAUCUGUCCAAGGAAAUGUUGUCCAGCACGAAUGACAGUUGGCAAAGCAGUGCGAAACGCAGCCAACGAUGAGGCAUGAGAAAAAAUGAUAGUUUGGUGGCGAAUCAGUUAGCGCGGGGGACUUGAACCGUCAAGCAAUCGCAAGCAGCGCAGGCCCUGAAAUUCAUCACUUUUUUCUCUCCCGUCCCUCGACUCGCAGAGUACGAAUGCUUUCCAGCUGGGAAUUGAGUUUGAGCAGAAUGAAACGAUCGAGCAAACAAAUUGAUUGAGGAAAAGCAGGAAGAAGAAAUUGUCACGCCGCUUGGAAGUGCACUAGUCAAAACAAAAGUCUGGCUCGGCUCUGACUGGAAACUAUAAAUUUGGCAACCUGUGAAUCCAGGGGAAAAAGCCUCGGAGAAAAUGAGACCCUGAGAGCGCCAAUUUCUCUGGAGCAAAAUUCUCGCUUCUCCCUAGAAUACAAAUUGAGGAAACCGGAUGCCGGCAGCUUAGAAGGAUUUUCAAAGUUUUAGUGAACUUGUCGACGGUGUGAAUCCGCACCUCGACGUUUAAGAUGUGGAACAUGAUGUGCGACGUCAUGCCAACCAUCGCCGAGGACAGCAUCAGCCAAAGGAGUUCGCAGUUCUCGGGUGAGGACGCGAACUUCGAACAACUGAUGGUCUCCAUGCUCGACGAACGUGACAAACUCAUGGACUCCUUGCGAGAGAGCCAGGAACGACUCCAAGAAGCAGAAUCCAGGCUCCAGGAUGUCGAGAAGGAGAGAGACGCUCUCAACCGCCAGAUCAACGCCAACAUUCCUCAGGAAUUCUCUCAGAUAACGAAGGAACUCUCGGCUGCUCGGGAAAAUAUUCUCGAACGGGAGGAAGAAAUUUCUGAACUCAAAGCUGAGCGUAAUAACACGCGGCUGCUUCUCGAGCAUCUAGAAUGUCUGGUAUCGAGACACGAGAGAUCCCUAAGAAUGACUGUGGUCAAACGGCAGGCGGCUGCACAAUCCGGCGUUUCGUCGGAGGUCGAAGUCCUCAAAGCUUUGAAGAGCCUCUUCGAACAUCACAAGGCUCUGGACGAGAAGGUGAGGGAACGUUUGCGCGUUGCACUCGAGAGGAAUACGAGUUUGGAAGAGGAACUGGCACAUACCAAAGAAGAGCUUCAACAGUACAAGGCAAGCGGACACCAACCGAAGGCAGUAGAAGACAGACCCAAAGAAAAUGGCCAAGCGGACGAUGGUCAGCAACAGAACAAGAAUGAGGGGAAAGAGCGAGAGGAUGUCGGUGAGAACGAGGAGCCGAUGAUGAUAAAGCUAGGUAACACCGAACAGUGCUCCUCGUCCGAGAGCACGACGAAGGAUCUUUCCGGAAACAAUAGACUGAGCAACGGAGCUUACGAUCCCGCUGACCAGGACUCGACUGUACGAGUCGUAGACUUGCAGGCGACCCUCGAUAAGCAGAGCUCGGAAUUGAGCACGUGGCAACGACGAGUUAGCGAAAUGGGCGGACGCGUGGCCGAACUCGAAGAAACAUUGUCGAAAGCACAAAAAGAUCUUCACAAAACCCAAGAAAAUAACUUGAAAUUACAGAGGGAUUUGAGAGAAAAUGUAGCCCAAAAGGAAGAUCAAGAAGAAAGAAUAGCCACGCUUGAAAAACGUUAUCUCAAUGCUCAACGCGAAUCUACCAGUUUGCAUGAUCUGAAUGAAAAAUUGGAGCAAGAGUUGCAGCACAAAGAGGCACAGCUCAAGCUCCAAGAAGAAAAGAUUGCGGCCAUACAAGAAAAAUUGGAGCUUGCCGAACAAAAACUGGCCCAAUAUUCGAAACUGCCGGAAAUGGAAGAGCAGCUUAAGCAGAGGAUGGAGGCUCUGACCCAGGUGAGGAGGCCCAACCAGGCCCAGGAGAGACACGGCAGUGCCGAAGACAGAAUUCAAAGACUGGAGACGCAACUCGACGAAAAGAACGCCGAAGUAAUGCGUCUCAAUCAACGGCUCAAGAUGAACGAGGAACACAACACUCGCCUCAGUGCGACCGUCGAUAAACUCUUGUCCGAAUCGAACGAGAGGUUACAGGUGCAUCUAAAAGAAAGGAUGCAUGCUCUCGAGGAGAAGAACGCGUUGACUCAAGAGUUGGAAAAAACGCGAAAAAUAGCGGAGGAUUUGCAGAACGAGAAGAGCGAGUUGAUGAAAGAAUUGAGCAAGGCGCGUUUGGAAAUCGACAACGUGAAGCGACAAAUGUUGCAACAAGAAAUAGCGUUUAACAUCCAACAAACUGACGCGCUAACAAGAAGUUUAUCACCAAAUGCCGUUGAUCCAGGAUCAUUUUCCCGGAGUGCCAGUCAUAGCAGUUUUGAUACUCACUCGCUGCCGAGACGAGCUGGAAAACGAAAUAUCGAUGACGAUUCAGCAAAGGGUUACGUUGCUCGAACUCUCGCCGAACAAGAAUGGGAAAAACUUCAACAAGCACACGUGCUCGCAAAUGUGCAACAAGCUUUUGACGUUUCGAGCGAUGCCGAGGGCGACGGUGACAACGAAAGCAUCUUUAGCUCAGCGGCUGACGUUAUCAGUCCAACAGGACACACAGACGCCCAGACCCUCGCUCUAAUGCUUCAAGAACAAUUGGACGCGAUCAACAAUGAGAUUCGUCUAAUUCAGGAAGAAAAACAAAGCACAGAAGCCAGAGCAGAGGAGCUUGAGUCCCGAGUAGGAAGUUUGGAGCACAUGAAUCUGCUGGCUCGUGGACGAAGCCUCGAACGCGCAUCGCCUCCUCUGAGCGGUCGUUCAACUCCAAAAUCUCAUCACAGUCCCAAUCGAGAUUAUCUUCAUAAAUAUCAUACGGCACCCGCCUCAAUGUCACCAGCUCACCUUCAUCAGUACGCCGCCUCGCUAGCUAGUCCCGGACAGCUAUCCGAAUCUCUGCCUGCGAGCCAGUUGCAGUUGUCCGGUGAAGAGCUGCACUCCGUCAGCGAGAGGGACAGCGAAGGUGGCGGAAGUGGAGGAAGCGACGCCGCUUGUCCCCUUACCGCAAGGUCGCUCAGGCUUGAACGCGCUGUUCAAGCGUUAGCACAUAGUCAAGAAGAAUUAAGAAGACGUACAGGACAAUCUGGAUUCCCAAGCGCGGGCUACUCAACGCACAGGCAUGGUCAACAUAACAACGGCACACUCAAUUCUGGGACUCCCCCUUCACCAUUGUCUUCACGCCAUAGUAGCCAGGACAGUUUGCACAAGAACAACUUGAGCGGUCAACUUGGGGGUCUCCCAAUCGGACAAUUGUCGUCGUCCCACUUGCAGCACAUGCAAGCCAAUAUGAGCCCGGCUACGGCUGCGGCUGUCGCUGCUGCACAAAAGAAAAAAGGCAUCAAAAGUAGCCUCGGAAGGUUCUUCAGUAAAAAAGAAAAGAUCAAGGGCAAAGACACUUCUAUGCCUGGUGAUGUGCCAGGAAUGGGUGGCGCUGGAAAUCCAGAUCCUGAUUACGGUGACAACGUUUCUGUUGCUGGAACUCUUGGUGGCAAGAGCGACUUUGACAGAAGGAAAAAGAAGAGUAUGCUGGAUUCUUCACGACACGAGCUAUUGGCUGAGGCGAUGAAAGCAGGUACACCGUUCGCGCUUUGGAACGGGCCUACGAUCGUCGCGUGGCUCGAGCUCUGGGUCGGCAUGCCUGCCUGGUACGUCGCGGCUUGUCGCGCUAAUGUCAAAAGUGGGGCGAUCAUGAGCGCUCUUAGCGACACUGAAAUUCAACGCGAGAUCGGAAUAAGUAAUCCGUUGCACCGAUUGAAACUGCGUUUGGCAAUCCAAGAAAUGGUCUCUCUCACGAGUCCAUCAGCACCGAAAACAUCGAGAACGACUCUAGCAUUCGGCGACAUGAAUCACGAGUGGAUCGGUAAUGUUUGGUUGCCUAGUCUUGGUUUGCCACAAUACCGAUCGACGUUUAUGGAGUGCCUUGUCGACGCCAGAAUGCUCGAUCAUCUCACAAAAAAGGAUCUUCGUGGUCAGCUCAGAAUGGUCGAUAGUUUUCACAGAACAAGUUUGCAGUAUGGCAUAUCAUGUCUGAAGCGAUUGAAUUACGAUAGGCAACAGCUCGAAGACAGAAGAAGAAUGGCUGAGGGUGCCAACGUAGAUGUUUUAGUUUGGAGCAACGAUCGCGUCAUAAGAUGGGUUCAAUCGAUCGGACUCAAGGAAUAUGGGAACAAUCUUUUGGAGUCCGGUGUUCACGGAGCGCUCGUCGCACUCGAUGAGAGCUUCGAUGCAAAUAGUUUUGCCCUCACGUUGCAAAUACCGACUCAAAAUACGCAGGCGAGGCAAAUAUUGGAAAUGGAAUUUGCGAACAUGCUGAGCGUUGGAACUGACAGGCGACUCGACGAGUCAAACAGUAUGAAAUCCUGAUCGAGUGGAAUGAGCAGAAUGAAUAGUAGCAGCAGUGUAAUCGGCGAGGGUGGUUUACGACGGCAUCAUUAAGAAGGAUAUCGACAAUAGCGCCAUGUGGCCAACGCGUCAUCAACCCCAUCACGUCUAGUCCAGAAUUUCCCCAGCUAUCGAGUGUCUACUCUAAUCUGUGCGCAAGUGUUAUUGUUUUCUUUCUUUUCUCAAUUCUUUUCCCUCCCACUUUUUUCCAUUAUUUCUUCAAUCAUAACAAAACAUCAUUAAGAGCUUUAAGUAUCGAGUUUUGAGAUACACGAUGCAGAGUUGGAAAAACAAAACAAAGUUAAUGUAAUAUUGUACGAAAAACGAAGAGGUAAUGCAGGAAAGCAAAUUCCGCGAGACAUUUUUUCGGUCGAACUUGACGGAUUAUGUCCAAAUCUCGCUCUCAAGCUAAGAGAAAAUCGGGAAAAUUUCAUACCCGACAAAUAUGCAAUGAGAGAAACGCCAUGCUACAAUUAAUCUAGAAAUAAGAUCGAUGCGACGAGCGACGAAAGAACAAAAAAAACAUAGACCUAAAUAAAUGUGACACACAAUUCCUAUUGAACAGAAAAAAAGAACGAAUUUUGACGUCUUUUCUGGCGAAACGGGGAAGUAUAAUGCUGAGAGGAGGGAUUGUGUCAUAAUUCAAAGGAGAUAUAGUACAUUAAUUCAUACGUUCAGUCGGUUUUUUGGAAAAAAUAUAAGAAUAUUUAUUCGCUGAUUUUUCGAUAGAUAUAUCGAAGAUGCAAAUCGUGAGAACAAUUGAUCGUCUAUCGUUUUCGUUAAUGUUCUAUGAGAAUCACGUGUUUUUUCUACAGUCUCUUUUCACUUUUUUUCAUUCGUUUAUUCCUUUAAUUGAGUAACCGCGUAUUUAAUAUAAUUUUAUCAAUUUCCAUGUAUAAAUCACAAAACCCACACUAUUAUUAUUAUUAUUAUUAUUAUUAUUAUUAUAUUAUUAUUAUUACUAUUUUACCAUUAUUAUCAUUGUUAUUAUUAUAUUGCUGGUAGAAUGAAAAUAGUUAAUAAAAAUUAUUAUUAACAAUCUGUAAAUACAUGAGAAACAAGUCGACAGUUAUUACAGUAUUAUCAUCACGAGGAGGGCGAGACUCCGAAAGCCAGAAAUCAUGUUUUUCGUUUUAGUGUUUUUUUUCUUCUUUCUUUUCGUUUAUCGUUAACGAAUGAAUACUUCAUGAUUAUGAUUUCCUUCGUUGUACGUACACGUUGAUUUUUUUUCAAACGGUAUAGAAAAAUAUUGACUAACGAAAAAAUAAAGGCCAUUUACCAUUGACAAAUAUGAAUCAUGUGUUACGAUUUUUUUAUUGUUUCUUUUCAUGCGUCCUUUCAUGCAGCUCAACACUUUUAUUUGCACCAAUCAAUUUUCAUGAAUUAUUGCCCAAAUGAUUUUUAUUUAUCGUACGUUAAUUUGCACAAAUUUGAGUAAAAUAAAAAUUAUAUAGGAAAUUUAAAAAACAGACGAGUGUGGAAGAAUGUAAUUGAAUCGACGAACGAAAAAUAUCUUUGUGAUCUACGUUGAAUAAGCAACCGGGGAAAAGAAUCUGGCGAUGGAAAUACAGAUGGCUAUCGUUUUUCGUAACAGACUCAGCGAGCGGUAUAAAAAAAAAUAAAAAGAAAACAAAAGACAGUUAAUUCCAAAAGAAAUAAGAGACACAAUGUUUUUGAACGAGAACCGAUAAUUCUGUUGAAUCUUCGUAAUCGUCGUAUUUCCUACGAAAAACAACGGGUUCGAUGCAAAGCGAGAUUUUGUUAAUGUUUGAAAAAACAAAUGCGCGCCUCUCGUUCACGUUGAUUUUAGACUGAAAAUAAAAGAAAAAUGAAAAAGAUAAAUAAAUCGAUUAUAAAAGUGCGUCUGUGCGUGUGCGUGUGCGAGUGUGUAUGUUUACGAUCACGUGUAAUUAUUGUUGGUGGAAUGUUGAAGCGAUUAGAGAAAUAGCGAAAUGAAUGGUCGCAAAGAAGGAGGUCCCUCUAUGGUGAAUAUACAUAAAUAUUUCCCAUUUAACGAAACGAUUCCAACAAUGCUCCGAACACGAGCGUGCAUUGACCAAAUGAAUAAUGCUGUAGAAUAAUCCUUCGCAUUCGAUGAUUAAUAAUGAAUUGAGCGAAAUUGUAAUUGGGCUUGAUUUCGUUGGAUCGCGGUGGAAAAAUGUAUCGCCCUGUGUCUAUGGUGCUGUGGGGGAACCUCCUUAAAUCAUAACGAUAAAUGAAUAAAGCGUGAUACGAAUCGAAAUAAAUGAAAAGAGGAAGAAACGAGAAACGAUCGACAAUGUUCGUCGAUGAAACGCUCUCGUCUAGAAUAUUGUACGUGGAUUUUGGAGUUUCUCGUUUGUUUUUCUUUCUCUUUCUCUCCCUCCCUUUCUCCCUGCGGGACAUAAUUAAAAGAAAAAACAUUCAUAUCUUCGGUUCCGAGAAUAAAGGAUCGCGCAUUGUCACGCGAAACGUUUUCAUCCUCGAAACUUUAUUAUCGCGCGAAUGAGAGCCUCCUGGUUGUUAUAUGAGAACAAAAAAAAACAAAAAAGAUGAAAAUUUUACGAAAAAUCAUCGUAUCACUAUCCGUAUAACGAAACGCUAUCCAUAUGUAACAUACAGCUUUAUGAAUUUUCAAGGAAAAUAUGAAUGGAACAUGAGUCAGAUGUAAACAGCAAAAAUGUUAUGAUAAGGAAUCAAAUAUAAUGGAAAAAUAAUGGGAAGAAAUAUUUGAACAGCGAAAACGCAAGUACUCGAUAAAACGUAGCUUAUUAGUACACUUUAAUGUAACGCUUUGAUGAGAUGAGAUGAAGCUGAAGAUGAAACAUUACGAGGAAGAAAUCGAGUAGAGAAGAGAAAGGAAAUUAACCGCGAUAACUCCUUCGAUAUUCGUAUGGCCAUAUCAGUGAGUGGAUUGUCCGAAUGACCGUUUCAGAGUGUUUUACCGGUGUGCACAAGUGUGUAUGUUUAUUUCGUCGACCGUUGAAUUUUAAAUAAUACGAGAAAAAAAAAUAUGAUAACGAAUAUGAAGAAUAAAUGAAAUGAAGAAAUAUUGAAAACAGGAUAAAUACGAGAAAAGUAAUCGAAAUGAACGGGAGAGAGAGAGAGAGAGAGAGAGAGAGAGAGAGAGAGAGAGAGAGAGAAAGGGAGAAAAGAAUAAAAUCGGAUUCAGAUUCCGACUGAAAUUUCAUGAAGCUUCCGUGACUUUCACAAAGUAAAGAAACAAUGACUAAUGAAAAAAAACACACACAAAACCAAACAAAAAAGUAAUAACAAUUUUUGAAAAGUGCCCUCGCCCUUUAUUCACCAUUUCCAUUCAAUGAUUACGGACGAAAUAAAAAAAAAAAACAAAUCAUUCCCCAACUGCAAUUCGCUUGAAAAA